AUGGCUGCUGUAUCGGUACAUGGUUAUGUCCAAAUAUGGAACACAAAGACAGGGAUGUCUAAAUCAACAGCAGCAUUUAUUGAACCAUUGGAAGGAAAGAAGAAAGUUAAACUGGCGCUUUAUUUCAAUACUGGACAAAUUAAAACUUUCCUGCUGAGUGAUAAUAUUAAAAGUGUGGUCUUUAGAUCCUAUGGAGAAAAUGAAAAUCACCUGCAUUUAACUUUCCAAAAUAAUGACUUCUUGUUUAUUGAAAGAUUAUCAUCCACAGAUGCCAGAGAGUUGAAGAUAUUCCUAGACAGAGUACAUCAAGACAGGGAGCAACCACCCAUGAAACCUAAUGAAGGGGAUGGUGUCUUUACCAGUACAACCAUACGGAAGGGGGUCAUUAAAACUUCAUCACACAAAGUUUAUAAGAAAUCAAUUAGUGAAUGCAUUGAGGUAGACAAAGAAGGAACCUCUUACCUUCAGAAGAUGUCUUUGUUUAUGGAAAAAUCAACAUUUAUUAGCAAAGGGUUAUUUGAAGAUCAGUUUGGGAAGAGGAAAAGAAUACCAGCAUCUGGUUUAGAGAUGAAUGAAAAUGAGAAAUUCCUUAAGGAAAAUGACUUCAAAAGAAGCACAUACAAGAUAAAUCCCUUGAAGUGUAUAAGCCAAAUUUGGGAGAAACAAUUGAAGUCAAGAGAGUUAAAAGAGAAAAAGAAAUUGGCAUUUGGAUCUUCAUUCGUGAGCAACUUUUUUGGAAACCCUUACCUAGAUGUUACUAUUCCCCACACUAUCACUGAGAAAGUAUUUGUGCCAUUUUUUUGGGAACCAAAUUAUAGUCAGUAUGUCCCAGAGGGGGAUAUAUUUGAGAAUUCCCUUACAUUUUUCCCAGAAAAACUAUGGCAAGGUCUCCCCAAUUUGGGAAACACAUGUUAUAUGAAUGCCGUCUUACAAUCCUUAUGUUCAAUUCCAUCCUUUGUUAAUGAUUUACUCAAUCAGGGUUUCCCAUGGGGUAAAAUUCCCCAUGAUGCUCUUAACUUGUGCUUGGCACAGAUGCUUGUUUUGAAAGAUAUUUAUAACAUAAAAACAAAGGGGAAGUUACUUGUGAGUAUUAAAAACGCCAUUUCACUAGUUGCAGAUAUAUUCUCUGGUGAUGGGCAGAAUGAUGCUCAUGAGUUUUUAAGUGUUUGUUUAGAUCAGAUGAAGGAGACCAUGAAAAGAUUAAGCUUAAUGUGGAAGACUAAAAUUGAGUCUGGGGAAGAAGAUUCACUUGAAAAGCUUUUGUUUGGCUAUUUUCCUGCCAAAAUGAUUGCUUGUCCUGUGAUAACAAAUUUUGAGUUUGAGAUACUGCGCACUAUUUUUUGUAAAUCUUGCGGUCGAGCUGUUCUUAAGACAGAACCAAAUAACUAUCUCUCCAUCAACCUUCCCCAAGGACCAAAAGCCCAUCCUUUGUCUAUUCAAUCUACUUUUGACCUUUUCUUUGAUGCAGAAGAACUUGAAUAUAAGUGUGAGCAAUGUAAUCACAAUAGGUCUAUUGCAGUACACAAAUUCAGUAGGCUACCCAGGGUCCUCAUUGUUCAUCUGAAACGCUAUAGCUUUAAUGAGUUUUGGUCAUUAAGGAAAGAUGAGCAGGAAGUCAUUAUUCCCACCUAUUUAAAGUUAUCUUCUCAUUGCAAUGAGAACACAAAACCACCUCUUCCGCUUAGCAAGAAUGCACAUAUUAAGGAUUUUCGUUUAUUAAAAAUUUUUCAAAAGAUGAGUUUUGGAAUUCUCAACUUAACAAUACCUUCAACAAAGUCAACCUCAAAAUCCAAAGAUGCUCUGGCUUUCCACAUUGGAUCAAACAAGAAACCUGUACCACGAAAACGUCGGCAAUUCUUAAAAGGGGCAGGUAGAGAGCAGCAGAAAAAAGACCUGCAAAAAUAUUCUAAAGUGAAUAUAAUAAAGUCAGCAUCCUCAGGAGACGCAAUGCUUGUUGAAAAAAAGCUACUUGCUGGCUCAAUGAUGUAUCUGAAAGACACCUCCAUUUCUCUGAUCUGCAAAGAUGGAGUUAAACCCAGCCCAGACACAUCUCUUGCAGAAGCUCAUCUUCAAGAGGUACUUGAAAAUACAGAUCUAAAGAAACAUGAAGACACUAAUAGAUUUAUAGAGUUAGAUUCUGGUUGUUUCAGUGAGACUAAUGAAGAUUUGUAUGAAGAUAAAAACCCCACCAUUCCUGGAAGAUUCCAAAAUGUGUCCAGACAGACCCAGCAAUGUGAUAGCGUGAGAAUCCAUAAGCAAGCACUUCCUCCAGGUCUUCCAAAGCUAAAUGCCCAGGAACACACACACAGUCUCAGAGCUACAGAAUUAAAUGUCCAGAAGGCUAAUGUGAAUUCCCGAUGUUCAGUGGAUUCCAGUGGGAACCCUGAAGAUAAUUUAGAUAAGACAGAAUCAAAAGCCAGGGAACCAAAAAGAAAUGCUGAUAAAGGAGAUCUUCAUACCUAUAGGCUCAUUGGUGUUCUCAGCCAUAUUGGGAAUACCACCCAGUCAGGCCACUAUAUCAGUGAUGCCUAUGACUUUAAGAGGCACCUCUGGUUCACUUACAAUGAUCUACAGGUAUCCAGUAUCCAAGAGGUCCAAGUGCAGAAAUCUAGACUGUGCACAGGCUACAUCUUCUUUUACAUGCAUAAUGAGAUCUUUGAAGAACUGUUAGUAAGGGGAGAGAACUCCCAGUCUUUUAGCACCAAGGCAAGGAAAACCCCUCAGGCCCAAUAG